AUGGCGCACGUUGACAACCACACCACCCACCACCAGCACCAUGGAAAGCAACAGGACCUGCAGCCCGACAACGUCCUGGCUCUCAACCUGCCGGCCAACACGUCUUGCCUGCUCGUGAAGACGCGCACCAUUUCCAUUGAGCCAGUGACCCUGCCCCUGUUGAGACCGGACAGCGUUCUAGUGCGCGUCAUGGCCAAUGGCAUCUGUGGCUCCGACAUGCACUCGUACUGCAACGGCGGUGUUGGGGGCCGGCCCAUAGGCGCGCCAUCAGUCAUGGGCCACGAGGCGGCGGGUAUCAUCGAGGCCGUGGGUGCGGCAGUGACCACGCAUGCAGUGGGUGACCACGUGGCCGUGGAACCCGGUUUGCCUUGCCAAAAAUGCGUCAACUGCAAGGGCGGGCGCAUGAACAUCUGCACGACCAUCCGCUACUGCGGCACGCCCGGCGUGCAUGGCACUCUCUCCCGCUUCUACGUGCUGCCGGUCGACAUGGCACCCAAAAUUCCCAAAUCCGUGCCUUGGGACGUCGCAGACAGCGGUUGCGGCCCGAUCGGUCUGAUCACGGCGGCUGUGGCACACGCUUACUCCGCCCGGAGGAUCGUUGCGUUUGAUAUCAAGCCAUCAAGGGUCGAGUUUGCCAAAGCAUACAAAUCCCCACUGACUGGGCGGCCCAUCAUCGACCAUGUCUUCCAAAUCGACAGUCUCCCAGAUGUGUCUCCAAGACAGAGCGACACCAACGGCACCGGAACGAAUGGGACCGAUGGCAGUGGGAGCGCCUCUCAUGAUUACACGACACCUGGGGACAAGGCAUGGAUGGUCGCCCAAGCACGCAUGGAUGCCAUUCUGGACGAGGUCGGGCUGGCUGACGAGGGCGGUGUCGACCGCGUCAUCGAGGCCAGUGGUGCGCAAGACUCCAUGCUUCACGGCGUGGCCAUCUGCAAGGACGGCGGUGUGUACCUUCAGGUCGGCCUGGGCCACAUCCAGACCAAUAUCUUCCCGACCAUUGCCAUCACCAACAAGGAGCUCGAUGUGCGCGGCAUCACAAGGUAUACGGCGUCGUGUUUCCCCUCGGCAAUCGAGAUGCUAGGCCGUGGCGUCGUGGAUAUUGCGCCUCUCAUCACGGCGAGCUUUCCCAUGUCGCGGGCCAAGGAUGCGUUUGAGGCCGUUGCUGCCGGAAACGAUAUCAAAGUGAUUAUCCGGAAUCAAGAGGUGUGA